AUCAAAGAAUAAAUUUAUGCUCAUUUUUUAACGAUGCAUUUCAUCUUCGAUACACCCACACGUUCAUGAGUUUUCAUGUCUCUGGUGAUAGCUACAGAUACCAUUAGGGCAUGUAUCGCGUAUCCUGCGAUGGGAAUAAUUAAGAAGAACACAUAAUUGUAGCUAGUAAAUUUCUUGAACUGGGUCAAUCAAUAUGUGGAACUUUUCCCAUAUGAGCCAACUCUCCCUACUAAGGGUGGUGCGCGCGUGGAAAAUCCUUUCAGUGCGCGGAAAAUUCGUGCCGUGACCAUCCCAAAGAUGUCGUCUGAUCAUUUAACAGUUGUGAAAGUUCCAGAAAAUCGCUUCGAGGAAGCGAUACAUCAUUUGAAAUGGAAUUUCUUUUCUGAUGAACCAUUGAAUCACGCGGUAGGACUAUGCGAUAAAGGGGAGAGCCAGUUCGAGCUGGAAAGACACUGCCAGCUGACUUUGAAUCAGGGAUACUCGAGGAUGCUGGUGGAUCAAAAUGGGACGAUAGCUGGUAUGGCUUUGAAUGGUAUCCUGAAGAAAGGAGAACGAGAAGAGGCUGAACGUCGACUCGCCGAAUUGAACGACGAGAAAUUCAAAACAAUUUUCGGUCUUCUUUACAAAGUUAACGAGAAAAUUGAUCUCUUUUCCAAAUACAAUGUCGAAGAGCUGUUCGAGUGUCGAAUCCUCAGCGUGGACGAGAACUUCCGUGGGAGGGGUUUGGCGAACGUUCUAAUGGCAGAUAGUAUAGAAAUAGCAAGAAAUGCCGGCUUUAAGGUGUUCAAGGCCGACGCAACGGGAAUGUAUUCGCAGAAAGUUUGCUUGAAACAUGGUUUUCAGGUGGAGGCUGAAAUUUUGUACUCAGAUCUCGAUGAAUCGAUCAGACCGGCUCCACCCCAUCAAGCUCUAAAGCUGAUGGUAAAAGUAUUGAAUUAAAUUACAGAACAAAACGAAAUUUAACGUUAUAAAUCUUCGGUAAACAAAAGAAUUUUACGAAUGAAGAGUAGUGUAUACUAUGUGUAUCGUUGUGUGACAAUAACAGGUCUCUAAUGUGUAUGUUUCUCUUAAAGAUGCAUUUACAAAGUACUUGUAUCUAUAGAGGGUGGGCCGCGUGUUUCUCUUAGAAAGUAUUACAAAUUCGAAACAUCGGUCACCGCCCAUUAUCUGUGUUCCAAAUAACGUAUCUUUAUUAAAACAUUCGAGUCGACAAAUGCAAGAACAUUUGUUCUGCAAUUUGUUGAUUCAAAAUGAAUUAUCGAAGUCAGUUGCUCUGGUUAACGUGAUACAAAAAAAAAAAAAGAAAAUUAUGUCUUCGUGUAUGUCAUAAGGGAAUAACAGCGUAUAUCGUUCGACAAUAGAAAUGUGAUGGAAAAUAAAUAUCCUGUGUCAAAUGUUAUACAUUGACAUUUGUUGAUUCUUAUAUAGAUUCUACAGUUUGCUGGUGGUAAAUUGAAAGUAUAUCGUAUACACGCAUGGUACACAAUUUUUGACGUUUUCGAUUGUGUACAAUGUUUUUUUAUAGCCGUCAGAAAAGCGCAGUAACACGGAUCGUUUCUUACCCCGUGUAUAACGAUUUAUCGAAAACGAUGAAUUAGCUUAUGGCUACAGGAAUUACUCGGUGAUGGGUCCAUAUGAGUAUAACGUAAAAGUUACAAGAAAUAUUAUUUUUGUUGGUGUCACAUAUUAUGAAAAUAUAUUACAACUUAUUUUGUAAAACUAUCCAUCAAAUAAAUAUUACAAUUUAUAAUGACUAAAGCCUCAUAACAUAUGUCCUUCUAACAGAUUUCAAAUUUAAAUCAUAUUAAACGUGGAUUCUUAAAUAAGUACAAUUUUAUUUGAACAAUAAAUGUAUAAAUAUGCGAUACAAUAAGCAUAUCUAACAAUUAAUUUCUCAUAAAGAUUUAAGAAGGAAUGCAGUCUUACAACAAUAUUUAUACCGCAGUUUACCGGAGUCCAUAACUGCGACGCGCAUGUUGGAAGAUGGUGGGGGAACGCAGCGAGCUCUCUGCCAAUCGCUUUCCACUUCG